AUGCCUGACUCUUUCCCUGACUCUACCCAGCCCCUCCCAACAUGGGAGACGCGGGCCGAGGAGAAGCGGAGUCGUUCGGCCAAAGCCAUUCCGAGUUCAUGGCUGCUCCCCUCUCAUAUUAUGGACGGACUCAAGGUACCACUCGAAUCAAAUAAGAACAAUCUUAUUUCCCUUGAUAUUCCACGUCGUUCUGGAAUUUUGAGUGAGAUCGAGCUUGACAUCACUGAAUCAUUUACCACCAUGCAGCUCAUAGAGAAGCUGGCCGCUGGGGCUUUCACGGCUGUCCAGGUUGUCACUGCGUUCUCUAAGAGAGCAGCAAUUGCUCAACAGCUGACCAACUGCCUCACUGAAACCUUCUUUGACGAAGCAGAAUCGCGUGCUCGGCAUUUAGAUGAGCUACGAGAAAGUGGGAAGCUCGCUGGGCCUCUUCAUGGCCUCCCUAUCAGCCUCAAAGACAGCCUCCAGGUUUCUGGUACUCAAGCUACCAUCGGUCUGGUUGCAUAUCUCGAUGAUUAUUCCAAGAUCAAUUCCCCUCUCGUGGAGAUUCUUAUUUCGCUCGGAGCAGUUCCGUUUGUCAAAACUAAUGUUCCGCAAACCAUGAUGACAGCUGACUCCCAUAACAACAUAUUCGGCCGUGUUCUGAAUCCAUGGAACACUGCUCUUGGCGCAGGAGGUUCGAGUGGUGGUGAGGGCGCAUUGGUCGCUUUUCGGGGAUCUCCUAUUGGAAUUGGAACUGAUAUAGCCGGUUCCAUCCGUAUUCCUGCUCUUUGCUGCGGGACAUACGGCUUUAAACCAACAGCCGGACGAAUUCCUUAUGGAGGGCAAAAGGGCUGCAGUGAUCCUGGUCUCAAAUUUGUUCUAGCGUGCGCUGGUCCAUUAUCUAACGACAUGGAGAGCAUGGUGACUUUAACAAAGUUGAUUCUCGACAGCCGUCCGGCCAGGUUGGACUCAACAGCAAUAGAUGUUCCUUGGAGAGAGACUCCUAGCUUGUUGGGGCGCAAAUUGAAGCUGGGUGUCCUCCCAGAAGACCCCUCUUAUCCCCUUCAUCCACCAGUCCUAAAUGCCGUUUCGCAAGCUGUUGAGCAACUGAAAGCUGCAGGACACGUUGUCAUUGAGUUGACUGCUGAGGAAUGCAAAAUUGCGGAACUGACCGAGAUUGCAUGGGGGUUCUUUGGACUAGACUCGACUGGAAGCCGUAUUGUGUCCGAUUCAGGAGAACCACGCAUUCCAUCUCGAGAUCGUAUCGAUUCCGAGUUCAAGCGAGUUGCGAAGAUCCACCUCCCUGACAUGACGAUGUUGAGCCCGUUGGAAAGGCUGUCGUUCCUCAAUGCCAAGAAAGCAGCUGCGCUAGAAGGAUGGCGCAAAGUAUGGGAAACCCGUGGUCUUGAUGCUGUCGUUGGGCCAGCUGCCCAGAACACGGCGGUUAAACAUGACGACUAUGGGGUGCCACCUUAUACCUGUUUCUUGAAUGUUCUUAACUACCCUGCGUGCGUAAUUCCUUUUGAAAAUGCAAGUCCCAUUCCAGGCGCAGAGUUCCAGAUACAGGCUGGACAAGCUGGUCCUCCUUAUGAUCCCGAGUUGACUGAGGGGGCACCAUGUUCCAUCCAAGUAGCCACUAGUUCAAUGCGGGACGAGGAAUGUAUGGCUAUAUCGGCCUUGGUCGACAGGGCGCUGAGAGGAUAG